AUGACCGAAGGAGAUAACAAAGUCGCCGAGGAGAUAUCAAAUGAACCUCAGGUGACACCAGAGGCUCAGGUCCCUGAACAGACAGAUGAGCCUAUUGAACAGGCAACAGGAGAGCCAUCCGUAUUACAGUCGACACAAUCUCCAACACAUCACGACAGUGCGCCGGCUAGUGCAGUGGAGGGUGGCCGAGAAGUUUCGAAAAAAAUAUUAUAUGUUGGUGGGUUGCAUAAAUCAGUUUCUGAUGAAGCAUUGAAGGACUUGUUUUCACAAUCUGGUAAUAUCCAGUCAGUGAAGAUAUUGAAUGACAAAAAUAGACCAGGAUUCAAUUAUGCAUUUGUCGAAUUCGACAAUACUCAUUCUGCUGAGGCUGCUUUGAGAUCACUCAAUGGAAGAAUCGUUAACAAUUCCGAAAUAAGAAUCAAUUGGGCUUAUCAGUCGUCGAAUAUCAACUCAGAGAACCCAGAUGAACCAAUAUUCAAUAUUUUUGUUGGGGAUUUAUCCCCUGAAGUGGACGAUGAAACUCUAACGAAAGCAUUUUCAAAGUUCAAGUCUUUGAAACAGGCACAUGUAAUGUGGGACAUGCAAACCUCCAGGUCUAGGGGUUACGGGUUUGUGAGCUUUAGGGACCAAGCCGAUGCAGAAUUGGCUCUCCAAACCAUGAAUAGAGAAUGGAUAAGCGGGAGAGCAAUUAAAUGCAAUUGGGCAUCUCAUAAGCACAUGAACGACAACAACAACCCUAACCACUACAGAAAUAACAUUCGCCAUAACCGUCAGUAUAGGCCAUUCAAUAACAUGAUGCUCGCCCCUCAGCAAAUAGGUGCUCAGAAUAAUGGCAUGCCUAACCAAUUUGCUCCUCAACAACAACCAAAUAUGCCUCAUGGUGUAGCUCAGCAAGUGGGUGUUGGGGGUAAUAUGCCAAUUGGUGGAGGAAACAACGGAGUACAAAAUAACAUGUCUCUUAUGUCGCCUCAAUCUUAUGAUAUUGUUUUGAGACAAACUCCAUCGUGGCAAACGACUGUCUAUUUAGGAAAUAUUGCACAUUUCACCCAGCAGUCCGACUUGAUCCCAUUAUUACAAAAUUUUGGAUUCAUAGUUGAUUUUAAGUUCCAUCCAGAUAGAGGUUGUGCCUUUGUUAAGUUUGAUUCCCAUGAACGAGCUGCAUUGGCUAUUGUACAGUUAGCUGGUUUCACCAUUAACGGUAGACCACUAAAAUGUGGUUGGGGAAAAGAUAGGCCACCUAUGGGGCAAUAUCAGAAUUUCCCCAGGGGCGUGCCUCCUUCGAUGUAUGGACAGAGACCUUAA